AUCUCUUUCAGAAACUUUACCGUUUCAUCAAUACUGUGGAAUUGGUUUCCCCACAUCAUUCUGUGAAAGAAAUCAUUUCGAACCUUAAAGAAGGCCAGAUUGCUAGCCUUUUUCAGAAAAGCGUCAAAAAGAAAUUCAAAGAAGAAGCUCGAAGACGAAAGAGCAAAUCACAAUUUUUUGAAAUGAUUCAAGAGAUCAGAAAAGUGGUUCGACAACAAAAUGAUCCAAAAUCCAGCAUAGCUUGGGAAGAUUCUCGAUCACAGCUGACUUUGCCUCCGAAAGUCGCGUCCCCCGCAGAGACCAACGUGCUGUGGGAACGAAAUGAAAAUGCGCUUAUCGAUGAAGAAGAAACGAGUGAAGGUGACGAAGAAGAUGAUGAAGAUGAUCACCAGCUUGCGAGAGUGCUAUUAGACUCUAGUUUUCCGACGUCGGUGCUACUUCAUUCAUCUAAGUGGCACCAAGAAUCGCCAGAACAGGAAUCUUUAGUGGAAUCGUACAGUUCAACUAGCACUGCCACUUUCAAUCGCUACCGAACGAGACUUAGUGCCAGCACUGGUGACUUAGCAGCUAUGCAAGCUAGAGAGGAUCCCUGGAUGAAAGUUGGUCUCUUACCAUUUCCCAGAGUUCGUUCCUUGGACGAUAUGCGAGAUUUGCGUAGGGAUUCUUGGACAGCUAGCGACAACAAAGAUAAAAUUGAGUCCAUGGAACUCACCGAUAAUCUGAGUGGCAUAUGGAAAUCCUCCUACACCAUGGAUGAAAUGAGGCUACUUGCGAUGAGCAAGGAAGACAUUGUCAAAUUGUGGCAAGGUUCUGAACGUGCCUUGCUAAACAGACUACAGGACACUCUAAAAGAGAAGCGCCUCUUGGAGCAAAAGCUUGCCUUCAUACAAAAAACGCUGCUUAAGCCUCCGUGAAAUAAUUACGAAAGGUUGGCAACAUCAUACAAAAGCAAUGUAACGUAUCUUUUGACAAUUUUAAAUAUAUCAAAAGUGGCAUGAAACCAUCUCAGUCUCGCCCUUGCUAGAGAACUAGAGUACAGUUUUAGAAGAAUUUUAGAGACCAGAUCGAAAUGGAGCUUUAUGAUAUAGAAAUCGACUUCUUACUACUAGCCCGAUAAAUAUUUAAAGUAUAAAGAGCAAGAUAUUUUUAAAGUUAUACAAAUAUAUAGCCCGUAGCUAAAACAAAACCUUCAAGGAGAUGUGCCUAGAAAAAAUAAUAAACAUUAGAUCCUAGAAAUAUAUUAAGAUAUUCAAUACUAUAUUUGGCAUGUCUUCAAAUGAAAACUUAUUUCAAAACGGAAAUAUUGUUUUGUCCCCCCCCCCGAUUUUAUAUUAUUUUAGAGGUAAUUAAUUCAAAGACUGGCACUUUUUCAACUGAAAACUCAUUUUUAAAAAGAAAAAUAGUUCUUUUUUUUCUGAUUAGAAGUUAUUUUAGAAAUACUCUUCUGUCCAUUAGUAAGAUCUCUCACAAAAAGAAAGAAAAUAUAAUUCUUAACAAGCAGAUAUAAAAGUAAUUAAUUCAAGAUUAGCACAUCUUCAAAUGAAGAUUUAUUUCAGAAAAGAAAAAUAGUUUUUUUUCCCCCUGAUUAGAAGUUAUUUUAGAAAUAACGCUUAUGUUUAUUAGUAACAUUCAGAUCUCUAACAAAAAGAGAGAAAAUCUAAUUCUUAACAAGCAGAUAUAAAAUUAAUUAAUUAAUUCAAGAUUCCAAUUAAAUCCUAAGUUAAUGGCAUCUGCGUUAAGAAAAAAUGAAACGCCAUCUUUACAAUACACAUCAACAAUAAUAUUAAGAUUAAAAAUUAAGACAGAUGUAAAAAGAAUAUUUUAAGGUAUUAGGAUGUCAAAAUUUUUAAAAUUUAUGAAAGAGAGUAAAUUUUUUUAAAACGAAAUAUAUACAAAUGCUUAUUGAUAAUGCGUCAAAAUAUUAAACAAAGAAAUAUCUAAUAUUACUUUCAUAUUGUAGAAGUUGUAAAAGAUAAAAUUAUAGGCCGAGCAUUGGAAGAAUAUAUGUAAAAGACAAAUGUAUUAGUAAUUUAUGUAAAAUGUAAACCUACGUAUUGCUUCUUUUAUUAUACAAAUAUAUGGAGAGUUACAGCAAAUAUAAAAUUAUUCUCAAAUAAUCCAUUAAAAUAUAUGUUUUUAAUUAUAUUCAGAAAACGUAUAUCAUCUAGAAAUUACACUAACAGAAGGCCUUUUUCGCAAAUUGUUAUUUAAACAGUACAGAUGCAGAUGUUACCUAGAUAACAAAAAAUGUCCAUUUUGCACACAAAAAAUAAAUAAUAAAUAAAUAAAUAAAAAUAAUAUAUAUAUAUAUAUAUAUAUAUUGUAAUAAU